UAAACAAAUCGAUGGCCCGUUUCUCCGGCGGCCUCUGCCAAGCUUCCCCUCGCAUCUCGCCGUUAAGGGAGCGGAACGCGCCGCAGGAAGGGCGCAAGCCGCGCCGGCUACACAAGCUUCGCCACGGGAGCUGUUUAAGGGUUUGGCUCCCGGGAAACUCUGACCUCACCGCGCAAAGGUGCUGCUGGGAAACGGAGCUCCCUGACAGAUAAGCCUCGGAGAGGACAUUCCUUUGGCUUUUGCGGGCGAGCCAGCGAGGUUGGCAGGCAGGGAAGGAGGAGCGGAGAAGGGGCGCCCGCCUCCUUUUUUGCGCGGGGAAGCUUGUCCGGAUCUCUGAAAGUUUUGGAGUUCCUUCCUCUCGGGAGUCCCUUUGAACCUCGCGACCAUCGGGUGGAAGAGGGAAAAGGACAUCAGAGGGUCGGAGCCCGAAGUGAAUGUCUCCAGAUGAAAGGCCAGGUGCAGAGUCAAAAUCAUCUUCUAUCCAAUCUGUAUUCCUGGCUACUUGGUCAAGUCUGCAACAUUGUCAAGCUGAAACCCCAGAAAAAUGCUUCUCAGAGAAGAAGAUGGCAUCAGGUAACCCCAAAGAACUGGAUCCAGGAAGUCAUCCUGCACAGAUAGGAGAGGGCACUCUGGAAACUGAGUCCGUUUCAUUGGCAGUAGGGGAAGGGUUCCCAAAUGCAAUUUCUCUCUCAUUUUCUGUCAAGAGUCGCUCUGCACAAGAUCUCAAUCUGCAGCUACAAGAAAUAGCGAGGAAGAAAUUAUGGGCCCUGGAAAAUGACGAUAAAGAUGUUUGUGCUGUUUUCAAGGAGCUGUCAGCUAGGCUGGCAUGCAUCCAGGCACAGGAGAAUCGCUUUCUGCUUUCCUUCAGAACUGUGGAAGAAAUCUGGAAGUUUUCCACUUAUUUGGCACUUGGAUAUGUGGGUUGCUGCCUGGAACACCUUCUCUUCACUCCUGAGUACUGGUUGAACUGUGCUCAAGUAGAUGAUACUGAGAUUACUGUCACUGUUGAUGAGGACUGCAUGACCACCAUGUACCUGGGUCUUCUCCUCCAGGAAGGCAAUUUUUUUGCCAGAGCAACACUCACCGUCCUUGCAGAGGAAGAAGAAGAGGAUUUAAAGCUCCUCAGGAAUGAAUUAGUCCAUGUGAAAGACAUUGGCCAUGAAACUAAGUGGGAAGGGACAUCAUUGUUGACCGAUCAGAAGGGACUGAUACAUGUCACAACUAUAGAGCCAUUGCCCCAUCCCUUUUACCAGUGGUUUUUGAAGAACUGUCCAAUCAGUUGUGGCAUAUCCAAAGAAAUCAAUGGCCCUGACUCUUUGCAGAUUGGCCAAGGGAGGUGCACAGCCACUGAAGAUCACAGGGGGAAAAGCUGGGAUGAAUUGAGUUACUGCAAAGGGGAUAUCCUAGAGGUGAUCGGCUUCUUCAUUACGGGUCUCCGUUGGUUUAUAGGGAAAUCCACAACUAGUGGGAUGAUCGGCUUUGUCCAAACCAAAUCAGUGCAGCUUGAGAGUUAUGAAUCAAUGAGAAAGAGCCCAGUGUUUUUUAGUGAAGAAGAAAUUUCUGCCUUCCUCCAGGCUCCAUGUAAUGGCAAUGAGGUAUAUUACAGUAACCUUCUUAAUGAAUGGGCACAGACAGACAUCACCUCUGUAUAUAGACUUGAUGGUUUUGAACCUAUUGCAAUGUACCCCAAAAGACCAUCAGAUGCUGCUGUACAUGGACAUAAAAAUGGUUGGAUGUUUGAAAAUUGGGGGAAGCAAUCUUAUAACAGUUUACUUACUCAAACUGAUUCUGAGAAGUCAACUCCAGUGGUUGAAUCCUCACCUUCCACCCUGGAACACUUACUUUUGCAAGAGCCAGAUGACCUUGAUGACCCCAAGUUCUUUAUUGAUCUAAAUGCUGGGCAUAUGGAAGACUGUGAUGUGUUUGACCCUAUACUGACUUUCCUCAAUCAAGAUAGCUAUGUGCCUCAUUUCCAAAGUCUGUAUGACCUCUCUUUUUCCUUCCUCAGUUCUACCUUCUAUGGUUUCACCAGUGAAGAGGAGUUAGUCAUAUAUCUGGAAACAUCUAGGAACUGGGCUAAGAGGGGCCACCUUGCUUGGGCUCACAUUCGGAUAUGCUACCUUUUGGGCCGCCUCUGUGUCAGGAAGGCCAAGUUCUCCCAAGCGCGAGUCUACUUCGAGGAAGCCAUGAAUGCUAUGGACAAGGGGUUCGAAGAUCUACCUCUAUUUGCAUCAUUGCAUACAAACCUUGCUGCCAUUUAUUUAAAGCAAAAGAUGAAGCAGAAGUUCUUAUCCGUAAUUGGAAAAGGGGCGACACUUUUGGCCUGCUUGUCUGGACACUGCUUCAGUUCUGAGACUGAACUAGAAGUUGUGAUGUACAUCUUGAGAGAAGCCAUUGCUGUAGGCAACACAACAAUGGAGAUUAGAUCCUGCUUCCUCAUUGUCAGGCUCUUCUUGCAGCUGGGCAAAUAUGAUGAGGUUCUUCCUUUUGUAGAACGCUUGCAGUUUCUGAAUGCACAACUCACCAGCCAGGUUACUGGUAAACAUCCUUUAGAUACAAUGCCUUUUCUUGCCUAUCUGUAUGAAAAAAAGUAUGUGCCCCAUGUAGCUUUAGCGGCUGCAAGGAUGUUCUCCCCUAGCAAUAUAAAAGGUGGCUUCACACCAAUUUGGAGAGCUGGAUUCAUCCUUGCAAACACCUCUAAACUCUUGAAGAUCCCAGAGAAAAGCCACAAUGGCAUCUCAGCAUUGGCUUGCUUCUAUCUGCACUGCGGGUUGUCCUUCUCCCACGAAGCUGGGACUGUAUCAACUGAAAAAGCCUUGUGUGAACUUUUAUCCAAAUUGUACCUCAAAUACGGCAUGCUAGAAAAGGCCGUGCAUUACUCCAACCAAGCUGUGGCCCUGGGUAAAAUGAUGGGUGAAGAAGAAGCAUUUGAGGCAUCCCUUUCUUUGGGGUGGCUCUUUACUUUGAACAAUCAACCAGACAAGACCUCAGAGAUCAUGCAAUACCUCCUCUGUUCUCUGCGGCAGACAGAUAGUGUCACACAAGAUGGGGUGGUUCACAAUCUUUUAGCCAUUGCCCUUAAAAGAGAAGGGCAGGUGCAAAAGGCAGCAGAGAAUUACUUCUGGGCCUUGAAGAAAGCCCAGGAAAAUGGGAAUCAGCGGAAUCAAGCCAUUGCCUUAGCCAACUUUGGUUGCCUAAUCACAUCUUUGGGGGCUUAUUAUUUAGGAGAAUACUAUUUUCUCCAGGCCAUUCAGUUGUACUUUGAACUCCAGGAUGGUGAUGAUACACACAUGGAACUGGUGCACAUUUUGUUAUGGUUGGCUCAGUCCAAGCUAGAGAGGUGUAAGGCAGAAGAAAGCAUCAUCUUUUACGAGUUGGCCUUGGCCAUUGCCUUGAAGACUCAAAAUGUGAUAAGUCAACUUCAUGUCACUGAGUCCCUCUGCCAUUUCUAUAGUAAAGUGCAUCCUGAUACCAGAGCCUGCAUUAUAUACCAAGAGCACCACGUUCUCUUAGCUCGGCAACUCCAGGACAAAGAAAAAGAAGGUUACCUUCUACAGGACCUUAGCCAACUCUACCAAAGUUUACAUACACCCAGAUCUUUGAAACAGGCAUUGGACUGUACCAAGCAGAGCCUCAGAAUAUUUAUUGACCUGGAGGAAACUGUUAAAACAGCCCAGGCCUGGUUACAGGCUGGUAAGCUCUAUUAUCAAAUGCAAGAGAAUGAACUUGUGGAAAUGUAUUUACAGGCAUCCAUAGAGACAGCACUGAAAUCCAAAGAGUUGCACCUGGCCAUGGGAUUAUAUGAAGAGGCAGGAGAUGUCUUCUUCAAUGGAAUCAAGAACAGGCAUCAGGCAGUGCAAUAUUACAGGGGAGGAGCUAUACCUUUGGCCAGGAAAUUGAGAGAGACACAAAUGGAAUUGAGAGUGUUCAACAAGCUAGCUGAACUCCAAAUUGGGCUCCACAAUUAUGAAAAUGCUUUGGAAUUUGCUACCUUGGCAGUCAGACUCAGCGUGGAUGUAGGAGAUCAUUUGCAAGAAUUGGUUGCCUUUCACCGGCUGGCAACUGUGUAUUACCUUCUGCAAAUGUAUGAGAUGGCUGAAGACUGCUACCUGAGGACACUCUCUUUGCACUCACCAGAAUUGCAAGGGGUUCAAGAAGCCAUAUAUUACUCCAAGGUUUACUACCGACUGGGAGAUCUCACCCUCCAUAAAUUAAAGGAUGAGCAAGAUGCAGCCAGUUACUUCUUCUUGGCCUUGGCUGCUGCCACUGAGUUUGAUGACUGCAGUUGGCAAGGCAAGAUCCAGGCCAAGUUGGCUCAAAUAUUUACUGAUUCCCAAACAAAUAAGAGCCCAAGAGGGUGGACAGCAUAUCGGGCCCGAUGGUUAAGUGAAGGAAGACAUGAUGUGUGAUCCAUCUGUUACGGAAUUCACAACUCAUGAAGAAAGGACAUCAUUGUCCCUCUGCCAAGAAAAGAAGAUAAUCAUCAUCUGGUGCUUCUAGUCCCUUGUGUUUCUGAAUGAAUAGAAAUCUUGUGGGCUGUUGUAAAUGGAUAUAUGCUGGCCAUCAGCUAAUGUGUUCUGAGUGAAAAAGCAAGCUCAUUUUUUUUUAUUUUAUCAGCAACAUGUAAAGAAGACAUCAUUCACAUACAUGGGCCUUAUUUAAAAGAUUAGAGCAGGGGUUCUCAAACUUGUGUCAUCAUGGCAGCAUCAUGUGACAUAUAGGGACUUUAUUCUCCUUUGCCAAACUGGUUGUGGGCAUGGCUAGCAUGUGAUAUAUCUGGCCCGCAGGCCGCGAGUUUGACAGCCCUGGAUUAGAGGGUGUAAAAGAGUCAGUUGAAGCAAGAUUGAGAGACAGUUUGGUGUAGUGGUUAAGGCAUCAGCUUAGAAACGGGGAGACUGUGAAUUCUAGCCCUGCCUUAGGCACAAAGAAAGUUGGGCCACCUUGGGCCAGCCACUUUCAUACAAUAGCCAAUGACUUCUGAAAAACCUCACCAAGAAAACAGCAGACUUCUCCAGGCAGUCUCUGAGAAUUAAUAUGAUUGAGCAGAAGAGGGCGGGGUAAAGCAAGAUAAUGAAUGCACAACAUAGGAGCUGAAAAGGUAUGUGACUGCAGAUUGUCUGUGAUAAGAAGUAAAUGGGGAUGAUCCUUGGAGAGAAUAUUCAACCUGCCCCCCAUUCAUCCUCAGUGCCAAAAGGCAAAGUCCUUUACAAGAUAGAGAUGAACAGAAAGCCUCUGACAGCCUGAACCAAAGAGAAAGAGUGCAAGAAAAUGCUCUUGCAGCAAAUGUGAUUCUUUGUUCCUAUGUAUUUCUUUGUAUCUUUGCUUAGACCAGGAAGAGGGUAGAAUCCACCCAAUCAUGGCUCUUGUCAAAAAGCUAAGCAAAGCCAGACCUAUGUUUCAGUGGAAAACAUAAUGAAAUCCCAGGGCUAUAAGCAGGCUAUGGAGU